AUGUGUGCUCCUUUCAGUUGCCAUAGCGAUUCUCUUCCCCAAACCCUGUCUCCUCUCGUAGCUUCCACAAUGGUACAGCCAGCAUCACACUGCACAAUGCUUUCCAGGCAGUGAAAGAAGGUGAUUCAGCAAGCCUGUGCAUGCCAGUCCAUCACCAUCCCUUCACAUUUUUUGGUUUUUCUUUCCUCUUUUUUUUUUCGCCUUUGAAUGCGGCACAUUUUCUUUAGACCCACCCCAGUGUGCCGUCAUUAAUUUCAGGCUAUAACCUCAUUCUCAUUUGGGGGGAACCUUGAAGUCACCUGGCUAUCACCAGUUUCUUGUCCCAUCCCCCCCCCCUUCUGCACUUGGUGUCUGGAAUGUUGGCUAGGAAAGCCACAUAAGAAGCAGAGCUUUUGGAGGCGCACCUCUGGGUCUAGACUCUGGUAUUGCAGGCACGGAAUGGUAUUUAUGAGCCGGCAUUUCUUAUAUAACUGCAGUGAACCUACCCUGGAUGUGAAAAUUGCCUUUUGUCAGGGAUUCAGUAAUCAAGUGGAUGUGUCUUAUAUUGCCAAACAUUACAACAUGAGUAAAAGUAAAGUUGACAACCAGUUCUACAGUGUGGAAGUAGGGGACUCGACCUUCACGGUUCUGAAACGCUACCAGAAUCUCAAGCCUAUAGGCUCUGGGGCUCAGGGAAUAGUUUGUGCUGCUUAUGAUGCUGUCCUUGAUAGAAAUGUGGCCAUUAAGAAACUCAGCCGACCAUUUCAAAAUCAAACACAUGCCAAACGGGCAUACAGGGAACUGGUCCUAAUGAAGUGUGUAAAUCAUAAAAAUAUUAUCAGUUUAUUAAAUGUCUUUACACCACAGAAGACUCUUGAAGAGUUCCAGGAUGUUUAUCUAGUAAUGGAAUUGAUGGAUGCCAAUUUAUGUCAGGUGAUUCAGAUGGAACUGGAUCAUGAGAGGAUGUCCUACUUGUUGUAUCAGAUGCUAUGUGGCAUUAAACAUCUUCACUCUGCUGGAAUUAUACACAGGGAUUUAAAACCAAGUAAUAUAGUUGUGAAAUCAGAUUGCACAUUGAAGAUUCUUGAUUUUGGAUUGGCAAGGACGGCUGGCACUAGCUUCAUGAUGACUCCCUAUGUAGUAACACGUUAUUACAGAGCACCGGAGGUCAUUCUUGGAAUGGGAUACAAGGAAAAUGUUGACAUGUGGUCAGUGGGUUGCAUCAUGGGAGAAAUGAUUAAAGGUGCUGUGUUGUUUCCUGGCACUGAUCAUAUUGACCAGUGGAACAAAGUUAUAGAGCAACUGGGAACACCGUGUCCAGAGUUCAUGAAAAAACUUCAACCAACGGUUCGGAAUUAUGUGGAAAAUAGACCCAAAUAUGCUGGUCUCACAUUCCCCAAACUUUUCCCAGAUUCUCUAUUUCCAGCGGAUUCAGAGCAUAAUAAACUCAAAGCCAGUCAAGCAAGAGACCUCUUAUCAAAGAUGCUUGUCAUAGAUCCAGCUAAAAGAAUAUCUGUUGAUGAGGCACUACAGCACCCGUACAUCAAUGUAUGGUAUGACCCUGCGGAGGUGGAGGCGACUGACAAUGCUGCUGUCCAAAGGAGUCACCAUUGCUCCUCCACGCAGAGUGGAGACACCCUAAAACAGGAAGUUCGUUAUCGGCCAGCUCACCAGCCUCCUCCUCAAAUCUAUGACAAACAGCUGGAUGAAAGGGAACAUACAAUUGAUGAAUGGAAAGAGCUCAUCUAUAAGGAAGUUAUGAAUUUCGAAGAAAAAACUAAAAAUGGAGUAGUAAAAGGACAGCCUUCUCCUUCAGGUGCAGCAGUGAACAGCAGCGAGAGCCUCCCUCCGUCCUCAUCUGUCAACGAUAUCUCCUCCAUGUCCACUGACCAGACACUGGCAUCCGACACAGACAGCAGUUUGGAAGCUUCUGCGGGACCCCUUGGUUGUUGCAGGUGACUAGCCGCCUGCCUAAGAAACCCCACCUUCUUCCGACGUUGAUGCGAUUGGGAACGGAUCAGUCUAUCUGUAUAUUUGCAAGAAAAGGAAAGAAAGGAAGUAGAAAUGUCAAAUAUUUCCCUUCUAGCCUGCUUCUCCUAAAGAGUUAUGUCAUGCAGCUAAGCUCAAAUGUAUAUUUAAAUUAUAGUUGCUCUGCUUUGGUCUUCUGGUUAUGCUUACUACGAAAAAACAAAUGGGUUAUUUCACAAACAAAAACAAAAAAAUUCUCUUUGCAUACAUUGUAAUGGCUGUGAAACCAGCAAGUUCCAAUUACCUUUUCUUAUUACGAAAUGACAAAAAUGUGCAGUCGCCAUUCAAGCGUGUGCGAGUCCAUAUGAACGUAUGCGUGUACUGUACGUACUUUUAUUUCAUCAGAAUCGUUUGAAUAUUUGUUCAAGAGCCUUCCAUCUUUCCAGUAGAUGGAUGUAGAUAAUUUCACACUUGUACAUCAGAUGUACUGUAUACAUGCAAGCAUAUAUGUAAUAUUAUAAAAAAGCAACACAAUUGUACAGUAGUUAUUAUAUAGAGCAGUAUAUAUAGUAAUAAAGAGCCUGUUUUGUGUUAGCUACAGAAAUUAUUGCUGUAAUAUAAUGCUUAGUAUGUAAGAUGUUCAAUUCAUACAUUUGUCAGAUUGUGAUAAACAAACAAAACCUUUGUA